AUGCCGAUCAAUGCGCCAUCGCAAAGGGAAGCUGGUUGGACAGCUUUUGGCGAACGAACCAAACCGGCGCGUAUGCAGCAACUGUCUGGGAGAUGGGCAAGACAGGGCAGUGCUCCAUUGACACGCCUGUUGAGGCUCGGUGUGAUCAAGGAAUUGGUAUGUCGACACAGCCGCAGAGGAACAUCUUCCGUUCGCCUUGCUGAUGAUAUGAUAUUGCUAUCCCGUAGUGCCGUAUUAUGCGGUCGAUGCACGGAGUGUCCAGAACAUUCAGAAGACUGUGAGAUUCGCCACCUGGGCCGCUCCAGUAGAAAAGGAGCGCUUUCUAUCUGGACGCACCAUAUGAAGGGUAUGGAAUGGCACGACUCUUUCAUCCCUCAAGGUGCACCAGUUGGAACCAGUGGUAUCGCUGCGGUGACUUUGAAGGCGGGAGAGCAGUGGUUCGAUGUAUACCAAGCAGCUGCCAAGCGUGGAGUGUUGGUUGUGGGAGGGUCAGCGCGCACUGUAGGAGCCGCUGGAGGAUAUUUGCUAGGAGGAGGCCACUCACCGUUCGCACAUUACUACGGCCUCGCUGCCGACAACCUCCUGGAAGCAAGUAUCGUAUCCGCCGACGGACGACACCGAGUCAUCAAUUCAUUCACCGACCCUGAAUACUUCUGGGCGAUUCGUGGUGGUGGCGGCAGUGCUUGGGGGGUCAUCACAUCCGUUACCUACAAAACACAUCCAGUCCCGUCGAGUCUCCUGAUCGGCCUCGUUCAGCUGAAUGCCUCUAGCGCCGCUAGCUAUAAGCAUGUUGUCGCCGAAAGCCUAAAGCUGCUGCCGGCGGUGACAGACGCAGGAUACACUGGAUAUGGCACCAUGGAGAACGGAUUCGCGGCGAUUUUCCUCCAGCCCAACGGGACUGUAGAGUCCUUUAACAAGACUUUUGCUCCAUUCUUCAACCUUACGCAGCUUACCGGUGUCUCUGGGACUGUCGGCGCAUACCCAUCGAGCUGGGAUGGUUAUAUUAAAACCUUUCUGAGGGAUCCCAACAUUGGGACCAGCAUUCAGGAUGCGGGCCGGCUCUUGACGACCGACGUCCUUACAGAAAAAUCGCAGAUGCUGGCCGAGUUUAUCCAUGAGAACCGUCAGGGCGCGGGAUUUAAUUUCAUUGGCAAAGUCAACAAUGACCAGCGCGACAAGACAGCCGUCCAUGAUGUGUGGAAACGCAGCCACGCGCUCAUUGGCAUCGGCAUAGAUUGGAAAGACACAGCGUCCGUUGAGGAGAGACAGCAAAAGAUACAGCACCUCGUACAAUUGAGUGAGCGGUUUACUGAGAUUGUCGGAGAAGAUGGCGGGACUUAUAUUAAUGAAGCCAACCCGUGA